CCGUGCACGCAGUCAUGGACUCGGCAAUCGAUUUAAUUGACGAUUUCAAAAUCCAGAGGGGGAAACAAAAAAUGAUUCAAUACAAUAAUCAAAUAGAUUCUAAUAUGAACCUCAUAAUAGAUCGAAAUGAAAUUUGCCAUUUUGCAAAAUUAUCUUUGGAAAUCAAGAUAAAGAUUUUUAAAUACCUGGAAAUUUCCGAAAUUGUUUGUCGAGAAUGGAAGAUGCUUGCUUUUGAUGGUUCGCUGUGGUCAAAUCUAGACGCAACCUCAUUCUAUCAAAGCAUAUCUUCUCACCAAUUGCUUAAACUAAGUAAAUCUGCUGGUGGUUUUUUACAAGUUGCAAACUUUCGCGGCUGCAUCCAACUUGAUUUUCAGCAUAUCAGAGAACUGGCUCGCAGUUGUCCCAACAUUCAUACCCUCAAUCUUUCCGGCUGCCGCUCUCUGAGUAAUGGAUCUGUAAAUUAUUUGUUGUCUCAGCUUCACAAUCUCAGAGUUUUAGAUGUUUCCGGAUCGGCCUUUAAAGUAAAUUUAACAUGCCAGACUCUUGCGAAGGAAUGCAAAAGGUUAAAGAAGGUUAACCUUAAUUGGUGCAAAGAUAUAAAUUCAAAUGAUGUAGAAGUUCUAGUAAACGGAUGUCAAGAGUUGGCUAGUUUAAAGAUUAAUGGUCUUGGUGAAAUUUCCGAAUCCUUGAUGUUGAAAAUUGCAAAGUUACCGGAACUAAAAAUUCUUUCGAUGGAAUCUUGUUCUACUUUGAGCGAUGAUCAUGUUUCAGCUUUAUUCAAGGACAAUAGUAUCGUUCCUCCUUUAACACAUUUAAAUUUAUCCAACAACCAACUUAUAACUGAUGGUUCCUUGAAAGACAUAGCAGAUUAUUGUAAAACACUCACACAUUUACAACUUAAUGGGUGCACGAAUUUCACCGAUAACGGAUUUUUAUAUUUGGCAUCUAAAUGUUUGCGAUUGGAAGCACUUGAUGUAGAGGAUUGUCCAUGCAUCAAUGAUGAGGUUCUUCAAUCAUUUGCAGCUCACCUCUCAAAUCUUAAAACAAUUUGCCUAAGUUAUUGCGAGCUUAUAUCAGAUGACGGCGUGACAGCUUUGAUACGGGAAUGCAUAAAUAUUUCUCAUAUGGAUCUCGAUCAUUGUAUGCUACUUACCGAGGCACUUCUGGAAAAUAUUACCAGAAUACUGACUGAUGAUAAAAGUCUGGAAUAUCAGCGACUUGGUGACUUUAAUUCCAGAACCAAGCGUCCAAAACAUAUUGAAAUAGAUUUAUCUGAUUGUAGGAAUAUUUCUGGUUCAGCGAUUAAAGAAACUAUACGAAAAGUGGCAGAUAACGGAGUGAAUUUGGAACUUAAAGGCUAUUACUCCUGGCAUGCGAGUAAUAAUUCCGAGUCCGACGAUGACGAAAUUAGAGGAACUAGGAAUCGCAGCUGGAUUAGGAAUAAUAGAUUCGUCAGACGUUUGACGCAGGAUAUGCCUGAAGGAUCGCUGAGACGUCAAUUAGGCGCUGCACUGCGUGCAAGGGUUAGGGGCGCAAUAAGAAGUACUCGCAGAACCAGGGAUAGAGCAAACAUUACUACGGCAGGCCGAGGAAUUGGUCAAUGCACAAUAUUGUGA